AUGGGACAGACAUCAAUCCGUAUCAGAUAUACGUUUGCUCCUCACUUCGAUGAGAUGCCUGCAUUUCGCUUCGAUUCCCCCUUACGCUUCAAGACAACUGGCCUCUAUCACGCAGCAGUUUACGUGGAUUCUCGUAGCUAUUGCAACAGUAAGGGAACAGGUUUGUCCCAGGCAAAUCACACUGUGAGGCCUCAUUUGUUGCUCAUGCAAGUGCAAAAUUGCCACAAUAACCCUCUCCUAAUCAAGUCUGAUGAUGGCAUCGAUACAGGAUAUACGCCAUGA